AUGUUUUGCAGUAUUUCACGUCCGUUGCUUACUUCGAAUGGGCCAUUGCUAGCACCACUGACAGUUGGCACAGGAGCAUGCCCGGCAAUUGCAUCCCGACCAGCACGUUGUGCCACCCCUGGUAAUAACAGUACAAAUACGCCGCAAAGUUGCAUUUCGGAGCCGCUGGCCGAUGCUGCACCAUUGCAUUCACCAUCAUGA